AUGACUGAGCGCUCAAAAAUUCCUGGCCAUACUACAUCGCCGCGCAAAAAAUGUGUCGGGGUCGCGCCAAAACCUUCAAAAUAUACAGAGGCUGCUGCCUUCAGCCUUCAUUUGAACGCAGUUUCGAAAAGUCCCCGCAAUAAAGAAAACCGCAGAGACAAGGACUCUGAAGUGGCGUCUGAUGAUGAGGUAAUUCUGAAUAGUGGAAGUCUCACUGAGGACAGCGGAUAUCUGUCGUUACACAACAGUCAGCUUGACCAUGGAGACACUGAUUCAGAAGGCGCAGAGGAUGCUUCGGAGAACUGUCCAGAUAAAAAGGAAUUUCCCCCAAACCCCCAAUCUGAUUCCCAUACAGUCUCAUCUUGCCUCACCAUUUGUAGGUUUGAAGAAGAGGCAUGUAAAGAGUUGGCUAAAAGCUACAAGAAUACCCAAAGAUAUGACUGGUCAGUUAUUAACAGGGUGGCUAGCAACCACGACCUCCAUAAUGUCACUGGUAGAAAGAUUGGUCUUGAGGAUUUGGACAUUCUCGCUGAACUGCUCAAGAGAGACAUGAAACACAUUCUCACCCGAAUCCUGAGGUUGUUGGGAGAAUAUGACUUGAUCAAUUGUAAAAAAGUGAGCAGGACCUGGAGGAAAAUCAUAUUCCAAGACAAGUCAUCCCUUCAGAAGUGCAGAGAGGCAGAACAAAGACUCAGGAACUCUUGCAGGACUGCUGGGUCCUUGUCCAGGGACUUUGCUGUUGAAAGGGUGGUUUUCUCUUGCAUGCAAGCUGUAGCCUCCACACCUGUCCACAAGUCCAGCAAGAAGGCGUUUGUCCAAAGAAACUCUACACAGAACAGUUCACAGCCAAGCUACUUUGAAAGGUUUCAAGAGGCGGCGAAAUCACUGAAACAACAUGAAGCACUGAGGAAAUGCCGCCGCUGUUGCUCCCCUGCAAAAUAUAACUCUGAUGUUCAGAGGGCCAUCUGUACUCGGCAGAGCUGUGGGUUUGACUUCUGCACGGUGUGUUUAGGGCCCUUUCAUGGCUCCUCCCCCUGCCGUGUGGGCGUGGCCAGAGGAUCCUCAAGUUCUCAGGCCCCUCUCCUUCCUGGCACUGCUCGCAGCAAAAGGAACGUUCGUCGACUCUGA